ACCAGAGCUACUAUCUACAUCCUCAGCUUGAAUAUCACCUCACAACCAUGCACCUUCUUUCUUUUGAUGUUUAAUUGACAUCCCUACUACCAACAACAAUGACCUCCAACACUCAUCAACAAAUAACCACCCACCUCCUCACCACCAAAUCCCUCCCCGUCUCCCCCACCUGGCUAACCACCUUCCUCACCUCAACAUCAACAUCAACAACAUCAACCUCACGCACCAUCCCCCUCAGCGCCCUCACCCAAACCGCCCUCUUCCGCAUCCUGACCUCCGACAUCCGCGACUCCCUCAGCACGACCAACCCCUCCACCCUCCUCCCAGUCGACAUCUUCGACCCCACGAUCCAAGAACGCCGUGUCAACGGCCCCAUCCCACUCCAAGUCCUCGACAUCGAAGACAUCGGCACGAGUCUCUGGAGCCAGGUGGAGGCUAUUGAGCGCGUGGAGAGGGGGGAGGCGAUUCGGGGGAGGGAGAUCGUGAGGACGGUGAAUGUGGGGGAGGAUAGUGAGGCUGCUGCUGCGGAGAACAACAACAACAAUAACAAUAAUAAUAAUGCAGGUGGUGGAGGUGACAGUAAUGGACCGCAUCGGUUGAUACUGCAGGAUGCGGCGGGGACGAGGGCCGUCGGGGUGGAGUUUGCUAAGGUCAAUGGGAUUGGGUUGGGGAAGUUGGCUAUUGGGGCGAAGGUCGUCGUGAGGGAUGUUACGGUUGCGAGGGGGUUGGUGAUGCUUACGCCGGAGUCCUGUGUGGUGUUGGGAGGGAAGAUUGAGGGGUUGGAUGUGCAGUGGAGGGAGGGGAGGAAGGAGAGGUUGUUGGGGAGGAUUAAUGGGGGGGUGUAGACUGGGUCUGCUAUUAUGU